CAGUCACCUGAUUAACAGUCAUAUAAAAUGUGUUGGUAUAUAACAGCAGUGACCAUAACAGCCACUGAACGUCCGAUGCACACAGAGUGUACAACACAUUGGGCGUUAUCAACCUGCAGCUCCGACUCUAUAUUCACAAGGAUAUAUAAAGUGUGACAGGUCUGUUUCUCUAGGACUGAGCGAUGCCGAUAUUCCAGACAUGCGCAGUGCUCCUAGACGGCAAGAAGGAAGUGUACCGGAAGGGAGAGACGGUGACGGGGUCUUUAGUGCUGGACGUCACAGAGAAUGUCAUAGUGAAGGGGGUCAGAGUUUACCUGUAUGGGGAGACGCUCGUCAAGUGGGACGAGUUCUCUCCAGGCAGCCUUGGAGGAACCAAGGAUUUUAUCGCCAAGGAAAAAUAUUUCGGACUUGUGUUUACAGUAUUUGGGAAGAAACAAAACGCCGAUGGACCAAACCACACCCUUACAGCGGGACGACACAAUUACAGGUACAAGUUCAACCUCCCAAAGGAAGGCCUACCAUCAUCCUUCGAGGGUGAGCAUGGCGCCAUCAGAUUCUGGCUUAAGGUUGAGGUGGACAGGCCGUUUCCCAACUUCAACCAGUGCUGGUACCGUGGCAUCACCAUGCUGGACGACAUCAACGUCAACGACUCUCAGUAUAAGGCACCGGUACGACGUCAGGCAAAGAAGCAGAUUUCUAAGGCUCUUGGUUUGGGAGAUGCUGGUUCUCUGACCUUGACCGCUGCAACUGACAGGGGUGCUUACUGUGCAGGAGAAAAAGUCGCACUGAAAGUUGUGGUGAAGAACGAGUCAACGAAGGACAUGGGGAAACUGAAGGCUCAACUGGAGCAGAAAGUUGUCUUCACGGCCAACAACGAGACGAAGACACGUUACAGCGUUAUUAGGAUCCUGGAAGGAUCUCCUGUCGUUAAGGGAGACGAACGGGCUUGGAACAACCAACUACUGGAGAUAGACGCCAUUCCUCCGUCGACCAAGACCAGGUCCUGUCACAUCAUUGCCGUCAGCUACUGCAUCAAGGUACUGGUUGAGGUGCCUCUAGGAUUUAACCUUGAGACCAUCAUGCCCAUCACUAUCGGCACCAUCCCGUACGGCCACGCCCCUGAUGCUGGGGCACCGAGAGGGGGAGCUACUGUAGGCGCUGGCUCGGAGAUUGAUGUCACCAGUGCCAUAACCUACACUAAAUGCAACGCCGGGUUCCAUGUCUGUCGGAAGUCGGAGGGGAACUUUGUGAACUACAACUACAUCCCCAUGUGUGCCUACGUCGUUAACUACACUUUCCCCUCUCCCCCUAGCCCUGCCGGUGGUGCUGUAGGGACACGCCCUGCUGCUGCUACUGCUACUGCUACUGCUGCUGCUACUGUUGCUGCAACACCACGCCCUGCUGCGGCUACUGCUGCAACACCACGCCCUGCUGCUGCCAUCACAAAAGCACAACCCAUGCCGGUAUCUCAAGGCUCUCCAACUCCUGCCCCAGCCCCUCCCCAAACCCCACCCCAGGCCCAGCUGCGAGCCCCACACCGAGACCCGCGCCAACCUACUGCUCCUCCCAUGGAGCUACCACCGUCAUAUGAUGAUGUGCUGAAGAUGGACAAUCCGGCUACCACCACAGAAAUUGCUAUCACACCGGAGAAGGCAGACAAGCCGUAUGGACUGCUUUUCCUUCGGUUCCCGGACACCCGUGUUCAGGAGUUCAGAGACACCAUAGUGAGAGAACACCAGAGUCUUGCUGAAUGUGAGGGAGAAAUCAUUGCAUUUGCGCCACAGGUCCUACACGAACCUAACCAAUGGCCAGCACGGACGUCUAUCGCCAUUUUGAAGUUCCUGUCUGCGGAAGUGGCAACUGAUUGGUUUAACAAGACGACAGGGGUCGCUGAUCCAAAAUGGCUGGAAAAAUGUGACGCCAUUGUUGGAACAAUGAAUGAACAGUUUAGAGAAGCCAACCAUAUCUUUUCAAUGAUAACAUCCACAUACAAGCAACCAGUCAAAAAAGCCAAGGUCAACAAGUACGUCAAACUGUACCCGAGGACACUGCGUCCUCUCAGACUAUUGAAGACUGGGGUGAAUCUGUUGGCGACUUCGAAGUACACCACACUGCGGGGCAGCUGGUUGGAAGACAAGUGUAGCCUCUCGGUCACACAGUGGGAAACUAUAGAUCUUUACUUCGAAUACAGAAGCGAAAAGAAAUGUGGUGUAUGUAAAGAAUGCCAUGAUUUGCUCCAAGAAAUAGUUGACGCACGACCUAGUAUUAUCUUCCAAUCCGAGGAUUUGUCUCUCUUUCAAAUGACAUCCAUACUAACGGCCGAGAGAUCUGACAGCCCGGCCGUCGAGAUGCAGUCAGAGACUACACAAACUCAAAGCGAGUCUCCAGGGGAUGGGACCGAGGAUUCAGGGGAAGGACAGACAGACCUCACAAGAUGUGACAGUCCAGCCAUCGAAGUGCAAUCGGCGAAUAUCGAUAGUGCCGCUACCCAAAACCAAAGCGAGGCAUCAGCUGAUGGGAAUGAGGCUGGAGAGGAACGUCAGGAAGAAACUGCUGACAUAAAAACCACAAUAGCUGACUUACAAUAAAGUCUUUGUAGACUUGCUGCAAGACCUCCAAGUGUUUAAUUUUCCCACGGUUUUUUAAUCUACAUUUACACCCGACAUUGGUACGGAAGGUUGUGGAGUCUUCGUGUUACAACUUCAGUUGAUGUAUGUUCACGUGAAGACUUGCUUCUUGACGUAUUCAAACACAUGUAUGGUCAUGUUGAUUUGAUAGUUGUUCUCCUGUUUCUUGUCAGCAGCACAUGUUCAACUUUAGGUUGAUUAUCGCUAACUAAGUUCAUGCAAUUAUUGAUAUUGCUUAAUGUAUUUAAUAUGAUGUGCAAUACCGUGUGAAACAGAUACCUCUUUGUGAUACCCGUUCACAUACCGAUUGAACGAAAUCAGCGAGUGGCAGGAGCUGGCGGCAGGUUUCUGACAUAUACCCAAUGAGUGUGACUUUGAUCAGUGAUUAUUGCCACUGUGAACUGUAACUAGUGCUACUGUGAUAAUAGCUUAAUGUGACUGUCAGCAGAGAUUAGUGUUAUUGAAGCUAGGAUAUUACUGCGAUUGUGAUCAGAUCAGAUAUUAGAUCACCAACGAACGUUUGUAGAUGACAACAUGCAAGAUGUGCCAACAUGUCGCUACCCAAUAUCUGGAAACGAAUAUUAUUAUGUCUCACAGUUUGAAUUAUUUAAGAAUUCCAUUUAUCCCGCGAUAUGCCAAGGAGAGGCACGGGCCACCGAGCCGUGGAUGCCCGUGCCUAUAAUAAAAACAGAAGAUGAGAUUGGGUUAAAUGGCCGAGGGUGUGCAGGUACUAGUGGGCUACUAAGCUGCUAAUUGUGUAUACCAAAAUGCUACCGUUGCCAUGGCCACUAGCGUGGCCAACUGCGAUUUGCAGCUAGCACUGCUGGCCUGAGACUGCUACCACUGUCCGGCCCCAACGGUAGCAUAUUUAAACGCUACCAUUGCUUGGCAACUACCACGCUGCCAAAAGCAGCUACCGCUGCUGGCCUAAGUCAGACUACCGCUGCCAUGCCCAAGGUAGCCGGCCAAAGCAGAUCCCACUGCCUGGCCCCAUUAGCAAAACCAUUGUGCGACUACCGCCGCGGACCCAACUGUCAGCUACUGCUUGACAAGACGACUUCCGCCGCCGGGCCCA